AUGUGCAAUCUUUCAUCCCUAGAACGCCUUGAUUUUCAUAGUUGCAAGAAGCUCCAACGUCUGCCGGACCUUCCUUCCCGCUUAACAUACUUGGGAGUCACCUGUCGAAGUCGCAAAUUGCCUUCACUCUCCCACCUAACCCGUCUCAAGGAGCUAAAAGUCAUUUGCUGUGAAUUCAUCGAGUGCAUCCAGGAGCUUCCAUCAACACCACUAAAGAAUUCAGAAUGCUCCCAACCGAGAGGUGUUGAAGAAUCAGAAUUACCACAAUCCCUAAACACUCCCUUCAAGUUGGAAAUCUUGAUGGUCGGUGGAUGUAAAUCUAUUGAAAUACUGGACGUUUCACGGUUUAUCCGUCUAAGGAUAUUACAUGUCUUUAAUUGCGAGAAUUUACUUGAAGUUCGAGGUCUUGAUAAAUUGAAAUAUUUGGGAUUCUUGAUUGUUGGGUCCUGCGAUUCGGUUGAACGGUUGGAGCUUCCAAAGUUGGAGGAUCUGAAGGUAGUGACGAUUCAAGAUUGCGAAAACCUCGUCGAAAUUCAAGGUCUCGAUUGCUUGAAAAACCCGAAUAUCGAUCGGUGCGCUUCAAUUGAAAGGCUGGACCUUCCAAAAUCCGGGAGUAUGAAGAUAUUACGUGCUGCAGAAUGCGCAAAAUUAGCCGAAAUUCAAGGCGUCGAUAGCUUGGAGUCCUUGAGUAUCUCUAACUGCGCUACAAUUGAAAGGCUGGACCUUCCAAAAUACGGGAGUAUGAAGGAGUUACAUGCUAAGGGCUGCGUAAACUUAGCCGAAAUUCAAGGCCUCGAUAGGUUAGAGUUCUUGGAAGAGUUGAAUAUCUCUAAGUGUGCUUCAAUUGAAACGUUGAACCUUUCAAAAUCCAAUAGUCCGAAGAAAUUAAAUGCUGGAUAUUGCGAAAGCUUAGUCGAAAUUCAAGGCCUUGGUAGGUUGGAGUUCUUGGAAAAGCUGGAUCUCUCUGGGUGCACUUCGUUUGAAAGGCUACCAAACUUAUGUUGCUUUGACUACUUGGAAAGUUUGACUAUCAACGGCUGUGACAAGCUUCAAGACAUACAGAGCCUAGAGAGAUUCCCAUCCCGCAAAACUUUAUGGAUUGAAGGUUGCAAGUCCUUAGCAAAAUUACCGAACUUGUCAAGCUUUCAUGAUUUACGAGAAUUGUUCCUGUCAAACUGUCAUGAACUUCGAGAGAUCCCGGGGCUUGAGGAGUCAAUAUCUCUAACAUGUAUUGCUAUCUCGGGAUGUUCCUCGAUCGAGCUCUUACCGGAUUUGUCGUCAUGUACCCGCUUGAAAAGUCCGAUUGUGCAAGAUUGCGAGAAAUUGACCGAGCUUCGAGGCCUCGAGAAACCGGAGCAACUAGCGGAAUUGGAUAUUUCUGGAUGCAAGUCACUCAAAACAAUUCCAGAAUUGUCUGGAACGCUAGUUUAUCAAAAUUACGUGAAAAAGCUAUUUGCAUGUGGCAGAAGCAUAGAAUUUGCAUCCGGCAAAAGCAUAGAAUUUGCAUCAGACUUUUUGGACUACUUAGAUGAGUAA